CUCAAUCUCUUGUAUCUCAAUCCAUACCUCGGAAACUUAACAUGGAGAAACAAGACCCAAGGCGCCAUAGAUUGAGUAAAAAUCUCUCUCUCUCUCUCUCUUUCAGACAUAACUACUAAGCAAUCUUCCCUUUCUAUAAAUAUAUAACCUCAUCAAUGACAUAAUUUCAUCACCAUCCCUCCAACACUCUUUAAGCAAUCUUUCAUAUCUAUUGGAUUGUUUGUUUUUUUCUAUCUCUUACAAGUUAAGACUACAAUGGGUCUACAAAAACAACUACUUUCACUCCUUAUGCUGUUCUUAUGUUCUUACUCUUGUUAUAGCAUUUUGCAAGAGGAUCAACUCUCUACUUAUCUUGAUGAAUCCUCUGUUUAUGACACCCGAACUUAUCCUAAUUACUUUCGCACAAUUGACGAUAGAGAGAACGAAUUCGAGCCCGUUUUGAGGAAUUUCAUCAACUAUAAAACAGAAAUUUCUACAUUGGAGCAAUUUGAUCAAGUGGGUAAUCUUGCAACUUCAAUUAAAGUUGUUAAUGUAGAUGAUUAUGGAGCUAAAGGUGAUGGAAGAGAUGAUACAGAGGCAUUUAAGAAUGCUUGGAGGGCAGCUUGUUCAUCUUCAUUUGAUGUUCUUCUUGUGCCUCAAAACAAGAAUUAUCUUCUUAAGCAGAUUACAUUCUCUGGUCCUUGCAAAUCUGAUCUUAAAAUGGUGAUUUAUGGAAAAAUUGAAGCUUCAAAUGAUCUAGCAGACUACGAAAAUGAUCGUCGACACUGGCUGAUAUUCAAAAAUAUUGAAAAUUUUUUAGUUGAGGGUGGUGGAACCAUCAAUGGCAAUGGAAAUAUAUGGUGGAAAAAUUCCUGCAAAAUUAACAAAAAACUUCCUUGCAGGCCUGCUCCCACGGCCAUAACCUUUUAUGAAUGCAAGAACUUGCAAGUGAGAAACCUAAAUAUCAAAGACUCCCAACAAAUGCAUGUUGCGUUUCAGAAUUGUGUGAAUGUCCAAGUUAUCAAUCUCAUCAUAACUGCACCAGGAAAAAGCCCUAACACAGAUGGAAUUCAUGUUACUGAGACGCAAAACAUUCUGAUCAAAAGCUGUGUCAUCAAAACAGGUGAUGAUUGCAUCUCAAUUGUAAGUGGGUCAUCAAAGGUUCAAGCUAAUGACAUAACCUGUGGACCAGGUCAUGGGAUUAGCAUUGGAAGUUUGGGAGGAGGAAAUCAAGAAGCCCAUGUAUCAGAUGUGGUAGUAGAUAGAGCAAAAUUUUAUGGAACCACAAAUGGAGUCAGGAUCAAGACUUGGCAGGGAGGAUCUGGGAGUGCAAAGAAAUUCAAAUUUCACAAUGUCUUUAUGUACAAUGUCACAAAUCCUAUAAUCAUAGAUCAGAACUAUUGUGACCAAGAUGAGCCCUGCAAGGAACAAAGCUCAGCAGUGCAAGUAGAGAAAGUGAUGUACAAGAACAUCAAAGGGACAAGUGCUUCAGAGGUGGCUGUGCAAUUUGAUUGCAGCAAGACCUUUCCAUGUCUUGGGAUUUUGUUGGAAGAUAUUAAUAUAGUGAGAGAAGGAGGAGGAGGAACACCUACUGCCUCAUGUGACAAUGUGAAAUGGACUCAAAAAGGGAAGGUUUCCCCACUUUGCCCUUGAGAGGAAG